UACAUUUUAUAUGGCAAUGAUCGAUAUGAUUAUAUUUAAAUAAGUGAUUUAAGAUUAUUUUGAAGGUUAUGUUAUAAAACUUAUCAAUAAUAUAGCUAAGAUGAUACUAUCGUUAAAUUUUUACUUUGAAGUAUUAUAUUAACUGCGUUUUUAAAAAUAAAAUUAUCUUUAUUAUCUUGUAUAUAUAUAUAUAUAUAUAUAUAUACACAUAUAUAUAUGUGCACGUAUGCACAGCAAUUAUUAGUACUGUUUAGCUUUUAAUUGGUACCAGUAGUGACAUAUUUUGCCAAAGAAAUGAAUGUAUUGUUAAGUAGAUUGAAUCAACAAUUAUUAAGAUUGACAGGAAAAUUUUUUCAAACAAGACAUAAAUUAAUUGGAAAUUAUCAUCAACAUGGAACUUUGACAGAGCAUAUUUCUUUCUCAAAGGAUUUUCUAUUUCAGCAGUUAUUCGAUCCAGUGUCCAGUACAUAUACAUAUUUACUUGCUGAUAUCAAUAAUAAAGAUGCUAUUUUAAUCGAUCCAGUCUUUGAAUGGGCUGAUCGAGAUAAAAAAAUUAUCGAAGAACUCGGUUUGAAUUUGAAAUAUGUUGCGAAUACACAUAUGCACGCAGACCAUAUUACAGGAACGGGCCGAUUAAAAUCGUUAUUACCGGGUUGUCGAUCGAUGAUCUCCCGCAAUAGUGGUGCCGAGGCCGACAUUCUCUUGGAGCCACGAGACCGCAUCAAAUUUGGUAGACAUUAUCUGGUGGUGAUACCCACACCUGGUCAUACUGAAGGAUGCGUGACGUAUGUGUGUGAUGAACAAGGAAUCGCUUUCACGGGUGAUGCCUUAUUAAUACGCGGAUGUGGAAGGACAGACUUUCAGGGUGGCUCGUCAGAAAUAUUGUACAAGUCUGUACAUGAAAAUAUAUUUACUUUACCAUCAUAUUACAGACUAUAUCCUGCACAUGAUUAUAAUGGUAGAACUGUAACUACUGUUGCUGAAGAAAAAAUGUUAAAUCCUAGAUUAUCUAAAUCGUUGGAUGAAUUUGUAAAUAUUAUGAAUAAUCUUAAUCUUCCAUAUCCAAAAAUGAUUGACAAAGCUGUCCCGGCUAACAAGGUUUGUGGAGUCUUUGAAAUUAAUAAGAAGAAAGGAGAACAGUGAGAAAAUAACGAGAAAUUUGUCAAAUUUCAUCAACUCUUUUCUCUUUGAACAUGAGAUAAGAUUGUUUUAUAUAUAUGUAUAUAUAUGUAUAUAUAUGUGUGUGUGUGUGUGUAUAUAUAUGUAUAUAUAUACAUACAUAUAUAUAUGUUCCUAUGCGAUGUACAGUUUUCAAGAUACUUGUAAACUUUUUCAAUUGAUAAUAGAUACCUGCAAUUUAAUAAAUAAAUAUUUGCGUAUAUUCAUGAAAAUCAUAGAUUUGCAAUUAGUAUAAUAUUUUUUUUAUAUAUUUUAAUAAAUAUAUAUAUACAUAUAUAUAUCUGUAUAAGUUAACAUAAUAAUAACAAUAAUAAUAAUAAUGAGAUUAUUAUUUAAAUGCUCAAAUUUUUCUGAAAAAGCAAUACAAUAAUCUGUUAAACUUAUUCUGAAUAAUUAUAAUAAUUUAACUAUGUAUUGUUAUAAAUAAAUAUUCAUAUUUCUCGACGUGCAUGAAAUUAAACCAAUUAGAAUAAGAUAAAAAGAAAAAAAAAGAAAUAGGUUUUAUAAAAACGUUAUAUUAUAACACAUGAAACAGAAACGUUUAAUUCGCGUUUCCUAAUUUUUUCCAGACAAAAACUGCAUAUUUGGUGAAAUCCAAGCGCGUUUGCUUUUCCUCCUGUUUUUGUUUAAUGUACCUGAAAGGAUUGUCUGUAAUUUCCCAUGGGCCCUUGUGUUUUAUCCCUGUGUAAUCGUGGUGGUACCACCCUUUGACCAUGUAUUCUUUUCAACAUUUUGUUAUUUCGUUUGACAUUAAAACCUAAAUUCGUUUGUAUAAAUUUAUAUUAAACAAUCAAAAAAAAA